UAGAGGGAAAUAUCUCCCUCUCCGUUUCCCUCUCGCUCACUUUCCCUCUCCUUCCUCUCUCUCUCUCUGUCUGGAAUUGCCUCCGACAAAAGCUCCGAAACCCUAAUCUUACAAUGCGUGUUCUUCUUCCCUAAGAAUCUAAUCCCUCUUUAUUUUUCUUAUAACUUUUGAGUCCUUUUUUGGUGAAUUUGGAGCUCCUUUUUUUUGUGUGUAUAAGGCGAUGGUUGAGGGGUUUGUCCGGGAGAAAUUCGUAGAGCUAUUAUGUCGUAUAGCGCGCUGAGAAUUGACGAUGAUGAUUUUAUCCCAGUUGGGCGGUCGUCGAUCGAACGGCCUCGCCUCUCCAAUUCUCUGCCGUUUGUGCCGUUGCUACUCGUCGAUGGCUUCUCCCGCAAGAGCUUGUCGUACUCCGCGCUUCCUCAGGAGCCUCUCCGGCUCUCCGUUCUCAAAUUGGAUGGCUCUUGCUUCGAUAUUCAAGUUUCCAUGACAGCCACUAUUUUGGAAUUAAAGCAGGCAGUCGAGGCCGUUUUCAGUCACAUGCCACAGAAGGGACCAGGAAAAAUUUCAUGGCCACAUGUGUGGGGUCAUUUCUGCUUGUGCUACGAUAAUCAGAAGCUACUUGUUGAAACUGAUCAUAUCAAACUUUAUGGCAUCAAAGACGGUGAUCAGCUGCAUUUUGUCCGGCAUGUUUCAAUCAACUACAGCAUGACAAAGAGCCAAUCGUCAAAGAAAGGGUUCCUUGCUUUAAAACAAAACACAACGUCAAUGUUGCGAUCAUUGAGCUUUCAAGAGGAAGACCCGACUGACAUUGAGAAAGAAGAGAAUGGCAAAGACGUAGAACAGAAUGACGAGGUAUGUUAUGAUUCUGAUCACAUCAAGAAUCCAAAGUACCCGCAUUGCGAUGACGAAGUUUCUAUCGAACACAAUGAGAGCAGGCUGCCCUUCUUAUUGGGAGAAUGGUUUCCAUACUCCAAACUGUCAGCUGUAGGAACAACAUCUAAAAGAACUUGGGCGCCAAGCAUAGCCAGUGGGUUGUUGCUUGGGUUUAGGAAGAUAUUUGUGCUUUGUUUCGAGAAACGCGAUAAACGGUCUAGUCGAAGGGAUACUUGGAGAACAGAUUAGCGCUACAGUAUGGUUUCUAUCCCUACGGGCCUAAAUUGAUUAGAUAGUAUGAUUAAAAUUACAUUAGGCCUUACACUCUACAGUCAUUUGCCCGCUUAUAUAAAUUUCAUUUUCUACUGCUCCCAUUCUCAUCACCUGAAAAGUGUAGCUGUAAAGGUUUUGGAGCCAAGUCAAUGUACAUAUAGGAGGGAUUUUCUUUUCAAA